AGAAACAGUAGUAGCGCCUACGCCACGGUUGUCUGCAGUAUUGGAUCGGAAGAUGUUCAUCGCGCCUCCAUUCAUGCCAUGGUCAGGCGAUGUGGAUGGGACUGACAUGCAAACGCCCCACCCGAUCAGACGACGGUCAAUUCUGUUCGAUGACAGUGAUAUUACUGCGUCUCCUUUCCAUGUGGAACCUUAUCCACCGCGCAAGUCUGGGGAGCAAAUGGUCAUCAACUCACCUGAUCAACGUCGUGUGGAAGGCGUCUAUGACCGCUUCCUCAUGUCUACCACAGGUGUCAAGCGCCUCGGCAAGGGAUACCAAUCUGACAACCUCCAAACUGUUCCCACUGCGUCCUCCACUCUAGAGUGUAAACCAACAAGCAGCAAUCCCCGUAGCUUCAAGGUGUUUAAUUCUUCUCGACGGACGAUGCCUCAGCCGGUGUCUAGUGAUGACAUGUGGGGCAAUACAUCUGUGGAUGAGCUUGGUGUCGUGGCUUGCAGUGCAAGCACAUCACGCUCGUCUAAGGAGGAUGGCAAGAACACUGCUACUGCUGCAAUCGUUCUCCGCGCGUUCAAGGCGAUAGUGCCUGGAAGGACAGUCUCCAGAAGAUUGUCCCGCACUAUUAUUGCCUGAUUCUAAUGAGUAAAUUUAUUAUUCAUUUGAUUUCUUUACACUUCCUCAUUUUCACUUCUCAUUCAUCCAUUACGCUCGCAUUACUUGCUUGGUUCUAAUUUCUCGG